UCAGCCGCCGGGAACGAUGCCGCUCUUCACCAGCAACCCCUUCGACCAGGAUGUGGAGAAAGCAACCAGUGAGAUGAAUACUGCGGAAGACUGGGGACUCAUCUUAGAUAUUUGUGAUAAAGUUGGGCAGUCACGAACCGGGCCUAAGGACUGCCUUCGGUCUAUUAUGAAGAGAGUGAACCACAAGGAUCCUCAUGUUGCUAUGCAAGCAUUGACACUUCUAGGAGCAUGUGUUUCAAACUGUGGUAAAAUAUUUCAUUUAGAAGUAUGUUCAAGAGAUUUUGCUAGUGAAGUAAGCAACGUAUUAAAUAAGGGUCAUCCAAAGGUUUGUGAAAAAUUAAAAGCCCUCAUGGUGGAAUGGACAGAUGAAUUCAAAAAUGACCCCCAACUUAGUCUGAUAUCCGCUAUGAUAAAAAAUCUUAAGGAGCAAGGUGUUACAUUUCCAGUUAUUGGUUCACAGGCUGCAGAACAAGCAAAGGCAAGCCCAGCUCUGGUAGCCAAAGAUCCUGGAGUAGUAGCAAACAAGAAAGAGGAAGAAGAUCUAGCUAAAGCGAUUGAAUUGUCACUGAAAGAACAAAGACAGCAGCCAACUCCACUUUCCGGCCUUUAUCCCAGCACCUCAAGUCUCUUAACAAAUCAUAAACAUGAGGGCCGGAAGGUUCGUGCUAUUUAUGACUUCGAAGCUGCUGAAGAUAAUGAGCUGACGUUUAAAGCAGGAGAACUCAUCACUGUGCUUGAUGACAGUGAUCCAAAUUGGUGGAAAGGUGAAACUCAUCAAGGGAUCGGGUUAUUUCCUUCUAAUUUUGUAACUGCUGAUCUUACUGCUGAACCAGAAAUGAUGAAAACUGAGAAGAAAACGGUGCAGUUUAGUGACGAAGUUCAAGUUGAAACUAUUGAACCUGAACCUGAACCAGUUUAUAUUGAUGAAGAUAAAAUGGAUCAGCUGUUGCAGAUGCUUCAGAGUGCAGAUCCAUCUGAUGAUCAGCCGGAUCUCCCAGAGCUGAUCCAUCUUGAAGCAAUGUGCCAUCAAAUGGGACCCCUCAUUGAUGAAAAGCUGGAAGACAUAGACAGGAAACAUUCGGAACUGUCAGAGCUCAAUGUCAAAGUGAUGGAGGCACUCUCGUUGUACACAAAGUUGAUGAAUGAAGAUCCAAUGUAUUCCGUGUACUCAAAACUACAAAACCAACAGUAUUAUAUGGCACAGUCGGGUGUUUCUGGCUCUCAGGUCUAUCCAGGGCAACCUCAAAGUAAUGCAUAUCUGGUGGCAGGGAAUGCACAGAUGGGCCAUGUUCAAGGCUACAGUCUUCCUUCAGAGCAACUUCCAUCUCUCAGUCAAGGCACGGUUCCUCCAUCGGCAAGCUCAGGAUUACCUAGCCAGCCAGUUCAGACAUCUUAUACAAACACGAUGGUCGGUUCUGUUCCUGGAAGCACAUACUCUACCCAAGCCUCUGUGUACAGCCCACCCCCGGCUGCUACUGCUGACGUUUCUGCCUACCAGAAUUCCGGAACUAUCUCCCAGGUGCCAAACUAUAAUUUAGUCUCCUCCGCCCUGACUCAGCCACCAGGCAGCCAACCACCACAGCAACAGCCUCCAUCAUCACAACAAAACAAUUAUCCCCAGAAGGCACUACUAUAGGAUAUAGGACUUUGGAUUCCUAAUCUGCUCUAACCUCUGCUGAAGGCAGUUUACAAUGUUAUAAGUUUAUUCCUUUAAUAUCUUAAACAUGGGUUAUCCUCGGCUUAAUAGGAAUCUUUCUUGGGUGAACAAGUUUAAUGAUUCUAUUUGCACUGACUUUUUAGAAUUUUUUUUUAAUUUGCAAAUGAAUUAAACUACUUUAGGGCAUUUAAUUCCUUUUAAAAUGCCUAAAGCAUUGGUACAAGGGUUAUUUAUGUCUGCUGAAACUGGCUGGUUUGUGAAGACUCAACUUGGCAAACUGUUGUGGCAUAUAUGUUAUGUACAUAUAGUAUGUUUGUGUUAGUGGCUGUUUUUGAAUUACUAUGGUGAUCAUGUGAAUAUAUAACAGUGUUAAAUAAUUUACAUUACUGUUUUAUUAAUCAUGAACAGAUGGACCAUGUUCAUGGAUUUUAUAAGGAUGUCUGCUCAAGGUAUAGGCGAGAGUUCUAACCUGCAUAUCAUAAAUACACUUAAUAGGUUAUGGAUAUGCUCAUGAAACUGAACUGCAUAGUUCUCAUUAAUUACAUUGAAUGCAAGUGUGUCCUGCCUUCUGUAGCCUUUGGUGCUUCUACAUGACGUUAUCUACCAAAGUGAAGGGUCUGGGACUUCAGACACUCUGCAUUCAAAGAAAAUUCUGCUUUUAUGAAUAAUGGUGAUCUUCAGAAUAAUAACUUGCAAGCUGCUAAACAAAUGGGACCAUGAAGCACAUCUGAUCCAUUCAUUUUAUUGUUUAAAUAAUGUACCUGACAUUUCCAUGCUGGUUUUGUGUGUUUGUGUGUGUGUCUGUUACCUGAAUGCUGAACUUUAUGCUGUGUAUAUUGGUGGAGAUCACACCAAAGACAGGAGACACUUUGGAUGCGAGUAAACGACAUUUUUAAACUG